AUGAAGUUCCUCGUGGACUCAGGUUCAGUGACUUCCCUCUUGCCGAAGAAGAAGGGGACUAUCGCCGGCACCGCGCCAGACCGGUAUCCGCUCCCCAAAAUAGAAGACCUCCUGCAGGACUACUACGGGGCCACCAUCUUCUCCACGAUAGACCUGGAGCGGGGUUACUCCGUGCCCGUCACCUCGGAGAACGUUCCGAAGACUGCCGUCACCACAUCCUUCGGCCUCUUCGAAUUCCUGGAGAUGCCUCUGAGGUUCAGGAACGCGUCACAAAUGUUUCAGUGCCACGGACAGUGUCAUGGACAUGAUGCUGCGAGGCCUACCUUUCGUGCACUGCUACUUGGACGACCUUCUGGUUCUGGAUACUGUCCGCCGCCUCAUCGAGUCCAGGCAGUCCGAGACUUCCCGCUGCCGCGGACGGUGGCCGACCUACGCAGUUUUCUGGGGAUGCUCAGUUUUGAUAGGCGCUGCAUCUCCGGAGCUACGCAACUUCAAGCUCCCUUACACGAGUUCCUCAGAGGCGCCAAAAAGAGGAACCGAUCAGAGGUGCCGUGGACAGACGACGCCAGGAGCGCUUUCGAGGCAUGCCGGAGAACGGAUUCUAGAGGGGCGCUCAUUCCUGGUGCGCACCGACCAUCGGCCGAUCAUCUUCGCUCCGCAGCAGCGUUCGGACAAGGCGUCACCGCGGCAGCUAGAUUACCUGUUCCAAUUCCAGGUCACCUUCGACUACGUAAAGGGGCAGGAUAUGAGACAUCGUGCAUGCCGACCAUCCUAGACGCCGCCACCAUCGCAGAGGCUCAGGACAACGACGACGAGCUGCCGCACCUUCAGGAUAACGUCUCGGUGCCGCUCCAGCGUCUGUCCAUCGAGGGACCUGAUCUUCUCUGCAGCAAUGCCACGGACCGAGUCCGGCCGUACCUGCCGUCCUCGCUCCGCCGGCAGGCCUUUAACGUGGUCCAUGGACUGUUGCACCCCAGUGGCUGUCUCACGAUGAGGGAAGCGUCUCAGCGGUUCUUCUGGCUUGGCAUCAAGAAGGACGUCGCACGCUGGGCGCGUGAGUGCGAGCCGUGCCAGCGCGCCAAGGUCCUCCGGCACAACCGCUCAGCCCUGGGCAGCUUUGCCUCUCCAGACAACCGGUUCGACCACGUCGACGUGGACCUGAUUAAACUGCCGCUAGUUGCAGCAGCCUUUUACAACAACUGGGUCUGCCACUACGGUACGCUGCUCACGAUCACGUUGGACCAGGGCACCCAGUUCGAGUCGGCGUUUUUCAUGGCUCUGGCGCAGCUAGUGGGCGCCAAGCGCAUUCGGACCGCUCCGUACCAUCCGCAGUCGAACGGGAUGGUAGAGAGGCUCCAUCGUUCAAUCAACGCGGCGCUCAUGUAUAGCCCGCAGUCGCCGUGGCCAGAUCUGUUGCCGACAGUCCUCCUCGGGCUGCGCAUAUGCGCCAAGCAAGAUCUCUAA